CCAACUGCAUUGGUCAAGUCCUUUAAACUCGAGAUCUUCUUGAAUUGAUCAAACAUGACCAAAAAGACAAGAACGAGCGACAAACUCCGCCGACUUGUUGGCUAUUUCUUUCCUUAUCCUCAUAAUUGCCAUCUCAACAUGCUGAGGCGGCUGGACGAAAACACUCUCAGUCACGGCCAUAAAAACGAAGAAAAUGAACUACAAGCUGUAAAGAACGACAACAUACGUGAAACAAAAUCAACUGCACCAACGAAAUCACCCGCAAGGCGGCCAGCCAAUACUGGUUUACGCGACAGAGAAAAUCGUCAAACGCCUAGUAAAUCUCGAGUACUUGACGUCCAUCGAGCUGCACUAACGCCAACAACACCUACAAAGAACACGAAAAAACCCUAUGUCUUUAAAGACCCUCUGAAAUCUCUUAAUCAGCUUCCAUUAAAACGCAAGAAGGAUGAGCUGUUGAAAAAGAGCUUGAAAGAUGAAUGCGAAGUUUCCGCAGAUAUAUCUUCGCCUGUCAGUAAGAAGCUAGACCUGGGUCCUGUCGAUGAAUCUGAAGUAGAAUAUGCGCCUCCAAGAGCUCAAGAUGAGUUGUACCAACCGGAUUUUAGCAUCGACUUGUCACCAUUCACUGAUACUCCAGAUGCCCGCGCAUACGAAAUGAACCAUAUCUCAGAGAUAGACACGAUAAUAAGACAUCCAAAGGAAAAGGAGGGAGACAGUUUUGUGGACUUGCUCUUUAAAUCCCUGGAUCGAAAAAGCGAAGCGCUGGAUGUCACAUCGAAAGUGUCACCUUCAGUAGUAGCUGAAAGCUCUUUACUGCCUGAAAUAGAUCAAUCUGAGAUAGAGUACGCACCACAACCGGAAGAAGAGUUACCUUACCGACCAGAAUUUGAAAUUGACUUGUCUAUCAUUCCUCAAGAACCAAAUUAUGCUGUAUACGAAUUUGGGCACUUGUUGGACGUACCAUCAUCAAUUAAAUUGUUGUUUGAAGAAGAGGAGGAAGGCCAAACCGAUCGUUUUCCGCAAGAUGAAUUUGAAUUUGUAUUUGGUUCCGAAGACAUACCAAACGACCUCGAUGAUGAACAGCUUAUUCGUGUCCCCUUUGAUGACUUUCAGUUCGAUGUAAAUGCUUUGUCUGCCUAAACGUACUUUUUCCCUCGCCCCUCUGUAUAUAGCGCUAGCACAGUCCUCACGCCCCAUCAUUUGAAGGCUUUUCAAUUCAUAAUAUAUCGUAUUACUAUCUUACGUAGCCCUGGAUUAUUGUAGUAUUGAUAUGAUUGAGCG